AUGCCUGCUUACGCAAAUGUCACCAUAACGAAUACUUCCCCAAACCAUCCGGUAGAAAUCGCAUCCUUCCAAACGUCUUCAUUUGCCUUGUUAUUCACAUCUGCAAAUACCUUGUUACUUGAACCAGAGCAGUCGAAAAACAUUACCUUGUUAUUGGUAGCUGACGAAUUGGGUCACAUUGAGGCUGAAUUAUAUGCUACAACGAGUACUGGACAGGCUAAGUGUAAGGUUUAUGGAUUCUCCACAUCAAGUAUAUAUGGUCUGCGACCAAUAACUGCCAAACUUAGCGUUGCAAAGAUUCAUGAUCUUGUUUUUACUUUUUCAAAUCCCUAUCCAUUCCACCUAAAGGUAUCGGAAAUGGUCUUCCAUGGUUCCAGUUUCAUGCAGACGGAUAGGAAUCGAUCACUUUUUUCGUCAGUUAGUAGUAAUUGUCGGCGUCAACAAAAUGCCUACCACCUGCAGGUCCCGGACUCCUUUACCACUGCUGGACAACAAAGGAGUGGCUCUUCUAGCCUCUUUCAUAUUGAGGAAAAGGUCCUCGACUUUGGUACAAUCCGAGUCUCGGACCCAGCCAAACGCCUUCAUCUCACAGUCUGUAAUCAGCUAACAGUACCAUUAAAUGUACAUGUUAAAACUGUAAACGCAGACAGUCACAUUGAAAUCGUCCAUGAUUCUAUUGUCUUUCCGGACAGUGAACAUUACGGGAAGAAGUUUGCAACGAUUACUUUCAACCCGGCUGUCCUGGGCAGAAUCGGCUAUUUUUCCGGCAAAAUCAGUGUAGAGGCAGAUGGGCAGUCCCCCAUCUUAAUUCCUUACAAGGCAUCAGUACAUAAUGGAUCGCUUCUGUUUAGUCACCAACAAUUGUCAUUUUACUGUGGAAUUUCCACAGAAGCUGUUGAGCUAAAUUCACUCAGAUCUGGAACAGUAACGAUAACAAAUGCCUUCGAAUUUCCCCUCGAGAUUCAAGGAUAUCGUCUUCCCGACGAAUAUGCCAACCUUUUUGAGAUUGGUGGCCUCGCAAAAGCCGAAUACCUACUCCCAGCAGCAUCCGCAAAUAUUACCAUCCAUUUUAAGGGCUUCCAUCAAGAACGACAUAUUUGCGAUGUAGCCUCACUUAACCUCACCUUCUACACCAACGCGUCGUCCUUUUCUAUUUCCUUGAACCUCUACAAUGCUAAAUUAAAGGUUACUUCUCCCAUGGCUGAUGAAUUUGAGGAUACGCUAUCCUUUGGAGUUUUUGAAAUUGACACUCACUACACCCUAGACUUUUACAUUUACAAUCCGAAUCCUAUACCAUCAACCGUGAAGUUAUUGGAGUUUCGCGCUUCGCUUGGUUCAUUGACGUUGAAACCCGCUGUCUUUCAUCUGGGCUCUGCAUUUCCUGGGGCAUCGAUUUUACGGAACCUUUUGGUGCAUAACAGUUAUGACAGUGUUGUUGACCUGUCGACGGUCUUCCUCUUCUCGAAUCGAGGUUUUCCUAAAUUCCACGUUGACCUCGCCUACCAGCAUGAAGUGCUUUCCAAUGGUAGCAAUGGACGAAAGGCUCUUAGCCUUGAACCACGUCAGACAACACUUAUUGGGUCAGUCUCAAUCAAUACUUCUUUUGGGUGCAGUGACGUCUUCACCGAAAACCCACCUCCUGACAUCCCCAUUUGCUACUCCGGUUUUGAGCUCGGAAGUUCCAAAGGAGGGCAUUGGUUCGCAACUAUUUUUUUCCCAUUCUCCAGAGAUGACGGUGUUUUGCAUGUGGGCUCUGUACCCGCUCCCCUUUCUGGCAUUCCAUUUGUUCCAGGUCUUCGUUUCUCCGCGGAUAUUUUCGCCCGACUUCGAACCGCUUGGCACUCUUUAACUGAGCGCAUUCAUGGUGCUACCGUAGGAACACCUCAACUGCUAAGUAAACCAACUGAACAGUGUCGAAUGUCCAGCAAACUUGCUCUCCAUGCCUCUGUAGAAGAGGCUCCGUUUUUCGGUCAGCUUACUGUCCAACUCACUUGGCCUCGACUUCUUGCCCCCUCUGCCUCCCCCCGUGUGUUCAAACCGCUCAAAACAAAGGAGGCACCGCUGCACACGUGCCAGUUAGAAUUCAACCUUGGGCAAUCGGGGGGCCUGGCUCAACUGCGUAUACAGGAUUUUGCUACAAAAGAGGUCACGUGCCUUUUGACUUUUAGGAAUCCAUCGGAGAGACCUUUAUUCAUACAGGCAUUAUUGCUGGAUGACCUGCUUCCCGCGAGUAUGGAUUACAACGAAAUGAUCCGACAAAUGCCGUUGCUGUCUGAAGAACUUUUCCGUGCGGCCCAAUUACCCGAUGAAUUGUUGCGCAUCCCUCACAACGAACUGGCCGCUUCACUUUACAUGUGGAUGGGAACACUUUUGGCGAAGAUUCCUUGGCGUCUCUACGCUCUGUUCUUUAUGACCAUGGCCUCCAGCAUGCUGUUCUUCCUACUUGCUGUUCUGUUUAUGCCUGGGGCUUUUCACAACGGUUCUGCUAAUAGUACUAGUAACGAUAUCUUUACAUUCGACCAUUCCAUCUUACUUCUUCGAAACAACCUUACCUCUCUAGAGGCAGUUCUACUGCGUGCUGUUGCAGAUACAUCCAUUCUCGAGUUGCAUAGCGGUUUGCUCUCCACCGAAUCCUUUUCACAGUCCACUCGAGUUGAACAGACUCUUGUUAACUUCCCCACUGCCACCGGCUCGGCCCACGAUGCCGCCGCAAAUUUCAACCCCUCUCUGUCUAAUCCCACCUGCAAAUCUGCAUCACUGGCUGGAAGUGUGGACAUUGCCCGCUACAACCUUCGCCCAGUCAGUAACGAAUUGCUUUGCUCAACUACUGUAUCAAACGGAGCGAACCUGUCGUUAUGCCGUGUCUCUAUGAUGCCACGCAAUAAGACCUCACCAUAUGGAGCGACUUUACCGUUUGUCUUCCACGAAGGCCUCCUCAGGUCUUUAUGUGCCGAUGGAUCUAUUCGUGCCCACCCAUCAAUUGCUCGCCUUUUGAAAAACUUUAAACUUUCGUCCCUGUUUAACCUCCGUUAUUCUGCAACUCCUGUUGAUGUUUCCCGUCGUGUGGCUCCGCAUCAAUUAUCCUGGGCUGUUGAUGAAAACGGAGUGCCGAUUUUCUCCUCUGAAUUUAUCUCCGGUCUCGUUCUUUCGCGUUGCAUCGCAUUACGCAACUCCGGUUCUCUACCCGUUUGGGUUCUGCGUGUCGGCUUGAAGCGACCUGGUAGUGUUGUUCAGUCUUCGUCCAAAUCUGCUUGGGGUCAGUGCAAUCUUCAUUUGGAUGGUUUCACCGUCAAUCUCAGUGCAAUCAGCACUGAUUCCAUGAAUCUGAAGCAACAUAAGACAGGUGGUAAAGCAUUUCAGGUAUUUCAGUUGAAACCUGGUGAACAGCGGUGGUUUGAAGUGACUUACUCACCCGAUUUUUUACGCACGGAGGCAAAUGUCGAGCUCUGUUUGUUCGCCUCUCUGCAGAUGCCUUCUACCGACCUUACUGUGUGUAACAGUAAGCCGACGCCGAGGCUGGAGUCGUCUGUCCACAAUUCAAUGGGACGUGAUACAGACACUAAUAGAUGUUCUGUUUUUCAGUUGGAUCCUGUACUAUUGACCGCCAAAGUUUCGCCGUCUUUGGCAAAAUUAUGUCACAGCUCGCUCAUUCAGCCCCCAUUUCAGGAUAAUCUUUGGUCCAUCCUUUUGUUUGUUUUCACCUCAAACAUAGUAGGAAUUUUCGUGGCCGCUUACUUCGAUGCAAUUCGUCUUCAGUCUCUUCAGGAGAAUUUCAGGCAGCCCACACCACAACAUUUGAACUUAGACCCAGACCAACGUCCACCCUCUCAGUUAUUCAGUUUCAGCCUCCCUCCUAGACAAGAUCGUCAGCAGUUGUCUUUGGGUUGCCUUUCGUCUUACUUUCCGUUAUUAGUCACAAAUCAUCAACCUCUUUCUAUGGCGGCGGCAGAUGAUGCUAUCUGUCGUCAUCGGUUCCGUCGACCAUCCACGUUUUUGCUGGGGGAUCAGUGCCAUUCCGGAAAUUCCGCCGGUAUAGCUGUCAGGUGCAUCACUAAACCUAUUGUACGCCUUUUCCAAACAGCUUUGAACAGUCUGGGAAAGGCGAUUUACUGGCCGUUGGUGCUGAAUCUCUCGCUACUGGGAAAUCGCCUCAGCAACACAUUUUUCGCCAUCAAGAGACGAAUCAUUAGCGUUGGUCAAACCAACAAAGUCUCUACUCAAAGAGUACCCAAGACAUUUGUUGAUACCUCUUCAUCAACACAGAAUUUCCUAAGUCAAAUCAGGCAUGUCGAUAGCGCUGACAAAAGUAGUGGUGUUUCGAUUUCACGAAAGUGUGUCGAUGACACCAAGCGGCUCCGCGAGUUUGUUGGUGCUGCCCGUUGUUGGAGGUUGCGCGAAACCACGGAGUGCUGCAUCAAGUUCCAGGACACGAUCCGUCAAAUCAAACACAAUAGGAUUGACGCAGACAUCACGGACCCCCACUCCGUCUCACCCACCGGUCCUCAUUAUGGAAAGCAUCAAGGUGGAGUCUGCUUCCAGAGCUCCAAACAAAAGUCACCGUCUCUUUUCACCGCGGAUAGCGCAGCCAAAUUAAGGAAGGCAUCCAGGAAGAUUGCCGCAUCGAACCCUCUUAACACCCCAGGAACACCAGUCGUGGCCCGGCAAACUCGGAAGUCCUCUCUCGCUGGGCCCCACUCUCCAGAUCAAUGGAAGGAUCCAAUUCCAGGUCUUUUCUUCGGCAAUGUCAACACAGAAGGGGAGGGUGGCCAUCAUCGAACUGAAGUUUCACCUUGGACUCCAGUCAUUAAGCCUGAAACUUCCUCUUCACCUGCUGCGGAGUACUUCGGUGAUGCCGAUUUUCCUCCUUUAGGAUCCAGUGUGGAUCGCCUCUCCCAAAAAGGAUCGUACUUUGAUGAUGAAAUGUCUCGAUUGGUCGCAGAGACCUCAAAAUUUGAUCAGAAAGUGGGCUCUUCGCCGUCAGUCGUGCUUGCUUCGUGUGACAAACAUUUUAGCACCGAAACUGACUGCCAGGAAACUGCGCGGAUGGCCAUUUGUUCAGGAUAUUGUAAUUCAUCAGUAGCACCUACAUACGACCCAAGGCACUCUUUUCUGCGAAUCCCUUUAUCUACACUCGUUGCAUAUCACCGACCAAACCUCUACUACACCGCAUCUCAUAUGGAGUUAUUCUGUCCCCUUUGUUGCCGUCCAUCGUACGCAUCCGCCUCGCCCCCCACCAGAUGUUACUAUGAUCAUACUUACGAGCCCAUUGGGCUGCAGAGUGGAGGCGCUAGAAGCUAUUACGUGGAUGAACGAGAGCACCAUCGCAGAUCUACUGGUCAGAUAUUCGUAUCAGAGGAAAAUCUAUCUACAAUGGCGGAUUCGUGCGUUGGUGUAGAUGGCCAGGACCCCGCAGAUACACCUAGGUGGAGCAACGAAGAAAACUAUGGGGAGGACCUCCGUCCUCCUGGAUGGCCUAAUGCCUUUGGCGUGUCCCUCGAAGCACCUUCUGUAUGUGAGCUAGAGACAUUUACGACAACACGACGUCAGUGGAUGCUUAUGCAUGAACAACGCGCCCGAAUGCGACCCAAAACGAAUCUAAACUUUGGCAAUGAGCUUAUGACGCUUGACUGCAAAUAUCUGGUACCUUCCGCUGUUGUAAGUCAUCUUUCCUCUUUUGAUGGACAAGGGGACGAGCUCGUCUCGCUUAAGGAAAGAGGUGAGGUCACGUUUGACAAAACUGUUGGAAGUCAGUUAGCAGAGAGUAAGUCGGCGAUCGGGAUAACCGGUGCGGCCAAGGUGCCAGAUGGCCAAAAUAAACCAUCGGAGCCAUUACCUGAAGGCUUUGAGGCGUUCUCUCAAAAGGCUUGGUUGCCAGCCUUCCUACCAUGGCGCAAAAGAUGUCUCACUGAGGAUCCAGCGAGGGCGUCAGAUCAUGUUGGCGAAACCCUGCGUCCUUUCCCCCCGACUUAUCAACCAGAAUGUGUUAUGACACAUGCAUUUCAAAGCGAACCCAUGGGCGGUGGUGAAAUAACGGAACCUGCUUCACAUACUGCAUCAUAUAAUGAAGGACCAAGACCACGGGCUCAGUGCCUCCUAACUGAAGUCGACACGAACCAACUAAUACAUUUUCACGACGAAGACAGCCUUAAGUAA